GAACUUCAAGCACGCAGAAAAGGGCGACACUCCAUGACACCGACCUUUUGUCUUCUUUUGGGGGGGGUUGUUGUCGUUUACUCACAUGCUUGCGAGAGACUGAGGACGAAGCCAGCACCGACCUCUAUCCCCCCCGUGCAGGUGAGGCCUUUGUGAGGGCCAGCAUCAUCCCUGUGCGUGGUACUGAGGAUGUUCUCUGGGCCGAGCAGAAAGGCUGCUGUGUAUUGCUCUUGGUGAACGUGCCUUUAGAUCAGGGGGACAGAAACAUGGCCGACGCAGAAGAGGCGACGGAGACGGAGCAGCCCAAGCUCAGGGAUGAGAAAGUCCACGCAAAGGGCGCACAUCUCAAACGCAUGAGCGAGGUCCUGCGAGAUUUCGACAACAUGGAGUUCUCCAUCUGUUCUUCGACUGUUGAGGAGGAUGACCUUGAUGCCGAUUCCCUCUCUGAAAGCACUUGCACAGAGAAUGUAGAUCCGGAAGAUGAUGCAACAGAAGGGGCUGCACCUACCCAGGAUGCUGACCAGGCACUGUGCCGCUGCGAGGGGGGUGUGGAGAUCGCCCUGCAGUACGCCAAGAUGUGGUGCCGCUACGCCAAAGACCUGCUGGCCUGGAUGGACAAGAGAAUCAACUACGAACAAGAGUUUGCAAAGAACAUCAUGCGAGCGGCAGAAGCAGCCAAAUCAAGUGUGUCCCAGCAGGAAAUGAUGCCACUGCAGUACAUCUACACCAUGGUGUUAGAACAGGACGCCAAGAACGGCUCCAACGCCAAGCACACCGCCGAGCUGCUGCACCAGCGCUGCUACCAGGCUCUUGCAUCCAAGAGGAAUGAGAUUGACAAAUGGCGAAGGGAGUUUAAAGAGCAAUGGACAAAGGAGCAGAAAAAAAUGAACGACGCUGAGUCAGCGCUGAAGAAGGCCCGGCAGCAGUACAUCCAGCGCUGCGAGGAGCUGGAGAAGGCCAAGGCCAUGACCACCAAGGCCGCGGAGGAGUCCGGGGGAUACAAGACCCUGGACAAGAGGAGGAAGUCCAGGGACGACGCUCAAAGCAAGAUGACGGAGGCAGAGCAUACCUACAAGCUGUGCGUGAAAGAGGCUCAGGGCCAGCAUGACGACCUGGAGAAAGAAAAGGAGAAGAUCAUCGUCCACAUCCGCAAACUCAUCUGUCAGGGGGACACCGUGCUGAAGGAGGUCACGGUGAACAUGUUCUUCUUCCAGCGACAGCAGACAGAGUCUGUUCCUCUGGGCUACGGCAACCUGGAGGAGACAUGCAAGCCAUACGAGCCUGGCGCGCCAUACCUGCGCUACGUCUUUGGGACCCACCGGAAACAACAACCUCCCCUGACGUUCAUGUUCCAAGAAUAUGUCCCCCAAGGCAAGAGGUCGCCCUCCAGUGGCCGCCGCAAGACAAGCAAUCCCCUCGCUGCUCUUCAAGACUAUGCCAUUCCGGACGAACUAAAACGGCACAGCGGUGAUGGACGUCGACCUGGCAACAGUGACAGCGAAAGCAUGGGAGGAAGUCUUGAGUCUCUGUCCAGUCCCGCCCAUGGAAAUCGAAGGGCUCCAAAAGCUACCUCUGGGACCAUGUCAUCAGAUGAUCUCGAUGAGAGAGAAAUGGGGACAGUGUAUGAAGCCGAAAGCCUGGAUUCUCUGUCGGAGAGCAAUGGAUCGACGGGCAAGGUGCGCACAUCACGGGCCGCUCUGACUCAUCGUUUCAGGAAGACGAAGAGCAAGAUGAUCAAGUGUAAACAGUGUGAAAACUACGUCCUGGUCAACGGAGUCGAGUGUGGGGAGUGUGGUAUUGUCAUGCACAGGAAGUGUCUAGAGGUUUGUCAGCUGGAGUGUGAGCAGCAGAAGGGGCUGCUGUUCGGCACAGGUUUCUCUCUCCUGCCCCGAGAGACUCCGGAGGAAGUGCCCUACAUAGUGCGCGUCUGCACAGCCGAGAUCGAGAACAGGGCCCUGGGAAUGCAGGGUGUGUAUCGGAUCAGCGGCUCCAAACCCCGGAUCCUGAAGCUCUGCCAGGCCUUUGAGAUUCAGAGGGAGAACGUUGACCUCUCUGAACCCUCUCCCCAUGACAUCUCCUCCGUCUUAAAGCACUUUUUUAAAGAGCUGCCUGAGCCACUUAUGACCUUCGACCAGUACAACAACUUCAUCAAUGUGGGCAAAGAGAUCCAGCAUCUGAGCGAGAAGAACCAUGCCAUGGAGAACCCUGGCACUGAGGAGGACAUCACGCACACUCUGAGAGAGCUGCUGGAUCGGCUCCCUCCCAGCAACUACAGCACGCUGCAUCACCUGAUGGCACACCUGUACAGGGUAUCAGAGAAUUACGAAGAGAACAAGAUGUCGCCAGGAAACCUAGGCAUCAUUUUCGGUCCAACUCUCUUGCGCCCCCUGGUGUCUGGAGACGUGUCGAUGCUCGCCCUGCUGGAGACGAGUUACCAGGCCCUGCUGGUGGAGUUCCUCAUCAGCCACCACAGCCAGUUGUUUAGGCCGGGGGAUCAGGGGGGAUCGUGCACCCCUCCACCCCCAGUGCCCACCGCCCCCCUCCCCCAGACCCCCACCAGGACCUCCUGCCCCAGCGUUCUGUCCACCAGCACCCCGCAGGACGAGGGAGCGACGUCUCGAGAGCGCCCUCGCUCGCUUGAGACCCGUACUAUCAAGAGAGACUCAAGCGAGGGUUACAUUUCUGACAAGUCCUCGUCCAAUGAAGCCGUGGACCAGCUCAGCCCACGGGCCAAUGAGAAAGCAGCAGUCCUGGCUGUGAGACGAGCUGCGCCCACAGCCUCUGGGGGGGCCGGACCCUCCCAUGCCCCCCAGGCCCGUUGCCCCUUCAGCAGACAGCCGGUCAAGUAUCACCGGCACCCCAUGCCAGCCCCUAGAGCCCGCUCCACUGGCCCCCGCAUCGGGGCUGAGGCCUCCGACAGGUCAGCCCUGCCGGACACUCCAGACAGCAGCCGCAGUUCCUCUCCUGAGCUGGGGCGCAUUGCGCAGAACCAGAACCAGAACCAGAACCAUCUCCAGCUCCAGGCCCAGACGCACACGCUCACAUGCUACGGCCGACGGGAGAGCACUGCGGCGGAGACGGCCCGUCCGCGCAGCCGAGCCAGCCAGGCCCUGCAGGGCCGCCUCUCCUCCGCCAGGCUGGACGUGCGACUGGACGACACGGUGGCGGCCCUGGCGGCCGCCGCUGCCACAGCCAAUCGGAAGGGAGUCUCCUCAGAGGGGGCGGAGCCGCUUAGGGGUAGAACGGACCUAUUGGCCAAGCUGAACAGCAACCAGUCCAAUAACAGGCACGGGGGAGAACGGGAGGGCAGGGUCCUCGGCCAGUCUUUGAGGAGGCUGUCGGGGGACGACCGGACUGCCAACAAGAUUCUAUCUGGGCUGAAGCUGAGGCGGUGUGGCUUGGGAAAAGGGGAGCAGCUGCAUUUUGUCUGAGGAACACGGACCUGGCCUUCCUAUAGACAGAUCACACGAAACCACUCGACACACUUAACAGAAUACAGUACGUAAACAUAUAGGCACGGAGAUAUAUUUCUAUUAAAACACACUGAUCAGUUUCCAUUUCAGUGCUUUUGAGUAGGAUUAAUUUUUUUGUUUUUUUAACACUUACAUAUGUCUUCGUGUCAUGAAUUCAAAGCCCUGAUGUACUGUCAUAACACACUGGAAAACCCCUCAGGCCAUGUAACUUUACAAGAGAGGAUUUCUGGCAAUAACAAGGAACUAUAAUGAACAAUAAAGAAAUGAACAGCAACAACAACAACAACUUGCAUUUACAUAGUGCUUUAUCAAGGCACCCAAAGCAUUUUACAGUGAAGGGGGAGCCUCACUAACCACCACCAAUGUGUAGCACCCACCUGGGUGAUGCAUGGUAGCCAUUAUGCGCCAGAAUGCUCAGCACACACCACCCUGAGGUGGUGAGUGAGGGAAUGAAUGAGUGGGUGUAUUACAAUGGGGAACGCAAAUGACCAUAUUUAUUUACUGCAGAACUGUGGCCUGCUCAGAAAUAUUGGGAGACAUGAGUAUUCCAGCAGCACAGAUCAUCUUUGUCAGAAGGACUGCUGUAUGUACAAAUGUAACAGGCUUUUUUCUCUGUAUAAUCACUGGUGAGACUUAGGCUACUGUAGAAUUUGAAUGUAUCAAUGACAGUGUCAAUGUGCAGUAUUUUGUAUGCUGUAAGUAGCCUAGUCUAUUUUAAAUGGUCAAAAAUACUAUACUGUACAAACUAUUCUACCAAGAUGUGUAAUUAUUUUUGUUAUAGCCUACAACA